AACUCGCACAAACACAAACACACAAAAACACAUUAGCCCAGCCUCUUCCAUCUUCAACCUCUGUUCUUGGCAAAAAUGAAGCUCGGCUUUGCAACCUUCCUGCUUGUUUGUCUUCUUCUCAGCUCCUCUGUGUUUGAGGUUACAAUGGCUGGUUCAUCUUUCUGUGACUCCAAGUGUGGGGUGAGAUGUUCGAAAGCCGGAUAUCAGGAGCGGUGCUUGAAGUACUGUGGAAUCUGCUGUGAGAAAUGCCACUGCGUUCCAUCUGGGACUUACGGAAACAAGGACGAGUGCCCUUGCUACAGGGACCUCAAAAACUCCAAGGGCAACCCCAAAUGCCCUUAAUUAACCACUCGAUUAUUAUUAAAACCCAACAACAAAAAAUAUUAACAAAAGUUGAUAUUGCGUUAUAUAUAAAUAUGCUAAGUAAGUACUCUCUUCAAUUUGUGGUGUAUAUCAUAUGUAUAAAGAACUAGUUAUACGUUCAGUCUUUGUAUUCAAUUUAUAAAUCGCUCCCUCUCAAAAAAGAAAUAGUUAUGUCAUACAAAGUUAAGUGAAUAAGAGGAGGCCCGUACGUGAUGUUGUAAUAAAAAUCUUUAUUAUAUUAUAAUUAUAUAUUAUGAUUAUGGUGGGUUUGUUAUUGGA